AUGCUCCUGAACCCCUUCCGACCAUGUGAGGGCUCUCCCACCUUCCAGGAGGAAUACCGGAGCAGCAAUUACGUCCCAGAGGUGAUUGAAACCGCAUGGGGCCGCCAGAUCGUGGCUCCAGAUACUCCCUAUGUGGCAGCAGCCGGCCCUAGCCAGCUAUACUUUCUCGACACCCGGCUCGACCCUGAGAUGGCCCAGCACAUUAAGCAACAGAUUGAGAAGGCCAGCGUGCCGCAACUAGACGAGUACAUAGCCAUUGACGAGAUUGAGGCCACGGCAGAAGUGAAGAACAGUGUGACCGGCGAAACGACCUUCGUGUUCGACCCCGCCUACGCCCGGAUACUGUUCGCCAGGGGCAUGAAUAGGCAUAAUCCGGAUCUUAAACUGCCGGAGCCUGAGCCGGCGGGUGACUGGUUGGUCACCUAUGAUUUAGACAAUAUUUUGGCAGCGAAGGGAAGAAGCGUGGCUAAGGGAUGA